AUUGGCUGGCCGGCGAGAGCCCGCCUUACUUCCUCCUGGCUUUCAACAUGGCGGCGGCAGGUCCUUCCCGGCGGCUCUUCGAGGUCUUCGUCGCCCGCGUGCCUUGGACGGCGGGGCCAAAUGAAGUAAAACAAUAUUUUGCUCAGUUUGGCUCUGUGAGAAAAUGCCUGCUGCCAUUUGAUAAAGAAACGGGAUUCCACAAAGGUUUUGGCUGGGUUGGAUUUUCUACAGAAGAAGGUCUUAAAAAUACUUUGCAGAAAGACACUCAUAUUCUAGAAGGAGCUAAGCUUGAUGUGAAACGUCAGAAAAGCAAAGGCUACUUUUCAAACAGAAGAACUGCUGACAUCAGUUAAAGGAAGGAGACUUUAUUUCACUGCUGUAUAAAGAAACUAAAAUAAACUUGGAUAUGUAUUCAUCUCA